GGGUUUGUGGCACACUGUGGAGACAGUGAAUCAUCUCUUCCCUAUAAUACAUUUGCUUCAACUGAAUCUAAAUUGGAACGUUGAACUGAUGUGAUGAACAACAUUCUCAGAUGAACUCCACAAAAGGAGCCAGCCUAGAUAAAGGGAAGAUUCGCUGGAAGGUCACGAGAAGUGAAGGGAAACACAAUGUCACAUUCAAGGCUUGUGCUGGGAUUGAUCGUGCUGGGGGUCACGGCCUUUCUGAGUCCGAGUCGGGCUCUGCUCUCUCAACGACUGAAAGGUCGCUUUCAGCGAGAUCGCAAGAACAUCAGACCAAAUAUUAUCCUCAUCUACACAGAUGACCAGGACGUGGAACUUGGCUCGUUGGAAGCAAUGAACAAGACGCGGCGGAUCAUGGAACAAGGCGGAGCCCAUUUCACAAACGCUUUUGUGACCACGCCCAUGUGUUGCCCUUCGAGAUCGUCCAUGUUGACGGGGAAAUACGUCCACAAUCACAACACCUACACUAACAACGAGAACUGCUCCUCAACCUCCUGGCAGGUCACACACGAACAACGCACCUUUGCCGUGUACCUGAACAGCACUGGCUACAGAACAGCAUUCUUUGGAAAGUAUCUGAACGAGUACAACGGCAGCUACAUUCCACCUGGUUGGCGUGAGUGGGUUGGACUAAUAAAGAACUCUCGCUUCUACAAUUAUACACUUAAUAGGAACGGCGUCAAGGAAAAGCACGGAUUUGAGUAUUCAAAGGACUACCUAACGGACUUGAUCACAAAUGACAGCAUCAAUUAUUUUAAGUUAUCGAAGAAGAUUUAUCCACACCGGCCGGUGAUGAUGCUACUAAGUCACGCCGCACCCCACGGACCAGAGGACUCUGCUCCACAGUUCUCCAACCUCUUUCCAAAUGCCUCCCAGCAUAUCACGCCCAGUUACAAUUACGCUCCCAACCCAGACAAGCAUUGGAUCAUGAGGUACACUGGCCCCAUGAAGCCCAUCCACAUGGAGUUCACCAACAUGCUACAGAGGAAGCGGCUACAGACCUUGAUGUCCGUCGAUGAAUCCAUUGAAAAGGUCUUUAACAUGCUGGUUGAAUUGGGCGAGGUAGACAACACGUACAUCAUUUUUACGGCCGACCAUGGCUACCACAUCGGACAGUUUGGCCUCGUGAAAGGAAAGUCCAUGCCGUACGAAUUUGACAUUCGCGUGCCGUUUUUUGUGCGGGGACCAAACGUGGAGCCAGGAUCAAUCGUUCCUCAACUCGUUCUAAACAUAGAUCUGGCACCAACGAUAUUGGACAUUGCAGGCCUGGACAUUCCAGCUGACAUGGACGGCAAAUCGAUUCUGAAGCUGCUGGACACUGAGAAACCUGUGAACAGGUUCAACUCAAACAAGAAGACCAAGGUUUGGCGAGAUUGCUUCCUGGUGGAGAGAGGCAAGCUGCUGCACAAAAGAGACGACAUCAAGAACAUUCAAGAGGAAAAUGUCCUCCCUAAAUACGAAAGGGUGAAAGACCUUUGCCAGAAAAUGGAGUACCAGACACCUUGCGAGCAGCUCGGCCAGAAAUGGCAGUGUGUCGAGGACGCCACGGGAAAGCUUCGUCUGCACAAGUGCAAGAGAGUGGUGGAGGUUGCAGCCACCGACAAGAAGAGCUCGGGCCGACUGCAGUCCAAGUACUACCCCGCUGACGGGCGAGACUGCGACUGCGAGCAGAACGGGUACAAAAUGAGCCCGGCCGCCCGGCAGAAACAGAAACUACUCUCCAAGAGAAAAUUUAAGCAGAGCUACAUACGCAACAGGUCAAUCCGUUCUGUGUCCAUUGAACUGGAGGGAGAAGUUUAUGACCUGGAUCUGGACGAGGGGUUCGACCCAGUUGUGCCGAAGAACGUGAGCAAGCGACACGACGUGGUGGACGAGGAAGACGAGAACAUGAGUGAAAGCAGCGGCACCGGCAACAGUAACGAACUAAUGGUGCCGACUUCAAUCAAAGUCACACACAAGUGCUUCAUAUUGGCUAAUGACACUGUGCAAUGUGAUGAUGAUUUGUACAAAUCACUUCAAGCAUGGAAGGAUCACAAGUUACAUAUCGACCACGAGAUUGAAACCCUCCAAACCAAAAUAAAGAAUCUACGAGAGGUCAGGGGUCACCUGAAAAAAAAGAGACCUGAAGAAUGCGACUGUUCGAGGAUGAGUUUCCCCUCGAAGCAUAAAGGAAUGAAAGGAAAACUCAAGCACAAAGGAGCUAAUCAUCCCUUCAAGAAAGGAGGCCCGGAGAAAAGUCAGAAUGCCUGGAUAUUUAAGGACGAAAGGAAAAAAAAGAAGAUGCGAAAACUGCUGAAGAGGCUGAGGAAUAACGACACCUGCAGUAUGCCUGGCCUCACCUGCUUCACCCACGACAACCAGCACUGGCAGUCAGCCCCAUUUUGGACAUUGGGGCCGUUCUGUGCGUGUACCAGUGCAAACAACAACACCUACUGGUGUUUGAGGACAUUCAAUGAGACCCACAACUUCCUCUUCUGUGAGUUUGCCACCGGAUUCCUGGAGUAUUUUGACCUCAACACGGACCCAUACCAGCUGAUGAACGCAGUGAACACGCUAGACCGAGAUGUUUUGAACCAGCUGCACGUGCAGCUAAUGGAACUCCGAACCUGCCGUGGCUUUAAGAAAUGUAAUCCACGCACCAGGAAUAUGGACACAGGAGAAAAAGAUGAAGAAAAGUUUGAUCAAUACAGGCAAUAUCAGCGCCGGAAAUGGCCCAAAACGAAGAGACCACACUCCAAGUCCCUAGGACAACUCUGGGAAGGAUGGGAAGGCUAGACUGAACACAUGCCUCAGCAGCAAAAAUCAACUGGUGACAACUUGAUAGUCUCUGCAGACAAGAAGAUGAUCCUAUACGAUUAUGGACUGUACCUUAUUUUCCACCUCGAAGAUUGGAUAAACUAUGGGGCUGAUGUAGAUAGAACAUUUGCACUGUUGGGAAAUGUUAACAGAAACAAUAGACUCUUGAGGGGGUCAAGUAUAUAAAUGAGGGGGGAAGAUCGCAACCUACUGGUUAUUAGUCUGUCUGUUCAACACAUUUCAUUAAACUUCACAAACCAUCAUUUCGGCUUUCCGUCAUCCUGGAACCUUAGCGAAAAUACCAUUCAUUUUACAUGGUGCGCUGGACUUAUAGCCUACUCCCGCUGCUAGUGCAGGUUGCCAGUAACAAAGUCAUGCUAAUUCCAGCCGCGGCUUCUUUGGAAAGCAAAGGAAAAAGUUGAAGAUUGGAACAAAAAAAAAAAAAAAAGUACCCGCGCGGGAAACGUACUUGAAUGGAACAGUCGGAGGUGAAAGCAACCAGGGAAGAUCGUGCAGAAAAAUGGAAUCGGUUUUGAAAUGAAACGGAACUAAAUGCUUUGAUAAUGUUUAACGAUUUUAGCAAUUACCAGCAUAAUUCUGAGAAUUCUGCUUUGUUGCCAUGACUGCAUGUUUACUCAGUCUCAGCCCAAUAUUUCUACACACCUUGCGAUUAAGGAAGAAAAGCUUCCAUUCAAUAAGUUAUAGCUUGUAAAUAUUUUACCAUCAAUGAAGUUCAUACGUGGUUUAGAAUUUAAGCCGUGCAAAUUGGAAUGUCCAAAUACAUGGAAUUGGAUGUCAUUUGAAAUGUUGCUGUUUUGAUUUAUCUAAUUGUUGUUGAAUUUUAAAUUCGUUUUUCAGGUUGAACUGUUAACGUUUCAUAUAUUCAUGGUCUGGUUGAAGUUUGACUGUACAUUGCUGAUGAGAGUGAAAAAAAAAAUUAAAAAUAAGGGGUAGAUAUUUGCAGAGACACGGAACCACAGAUGCUGGUUGAUACACAAAAGGACACAGAGUGCUGGGUAGGACAGGCUUAGAAUGAUAUGGGUCAAACGCAGGCAGGUGGGUCUAGGUUAGAUGGAGCAUGUUGGUCGGCAUGGGCAAGUCGGGCCGAAGGGGAUGUUUGCACGCUGUAUGAUUCUUAACUCAGCGGGUCAUGUGGCAUCCCUGGAGAACAUGGAUAGGUGACAAAAGAAAGAUUUCAACCCAAAACGCCGCCUAUCCAUGUUCUCCAGAGGUGCUGCCUAACCCAUUGAGUUACUCCAGCACUUUGUGUCUUUUUGUGUAGAAGUAUGGAUUUGGCCUCUGGCAUUGGAUGGGCAACAUAGUUACAAGUGUGUUGUGUUCCUCAUCCAAAUUAGUUUCCAUUGACUAUGACAGAUCUCUAGCCUAAUGUUUUCAUUGCAACAUAAUGACAAUGAUCACCACUGUGAACUAAACCAUACAUUAAGCACACUAAUGUACAAGUUUCACUGUUGUCCUGGUGAGUUUCAUUGUCAUAUAACUCGUUUUCACCUAACAAUGGCCCGUUUCCUUUAUCAUCAUUAAUUUUUUGCAUACUUUAGUUUAGUUUAGUUUAAAAAUACAAGCCCUUUGGCCCACUGAGUCCAUACCGACCAGCGAUCCCCACACACUAACUCUAUCCUACACACAGUAGAGGCAAUUUACAUUUAUACCCAAGCCAAUUAACCCGCAAACCUGUACGUCUUUGGCAUGUGGGAACAAACUGAAGUUCUUGGCGAAAACCCCCUCAGGUCGCAGGGAGAACAUACAAACUCUGUACAGACAAGCACCCACAGCCAAGAUCUCUGACGCUGCAAGUGUUAUAAGGCAGCAACUCUACCGCUGUGCCACCAUGCCGCCCUGAGAGAAUUUUGAAUAAAUAUCUUUCAUUCAUUUGUUCUAUAUCUCUAAGCAUCACCGCCUAUAUCUCUCGUUUCCCUUUCUCCCGACUCUCAGUCCGAGGAAGUGUCUCGAUCCAUUCCUCUUCCUUUUCACCCAUUCCUUUUCUCCAGGGACGCUCUCUGACCCGUUGAGUCACUCCAGCUUUUUGUGUCUGUCUUCGGUUUAAACCAGCAUCUGCGGUUCCUUCCUGCGCAAUAAUUUAACACACGCUUGUUGUGUGCAGAUUAAUCCAACUUGGAAUAGAAAUUGGAUCAGUUAGAGAUCUGGAAUAAUCUGUUAUGUGCAAUGUUGCAUAAUCUAUAACUGGGCCUGUCAAAAAUAUGUGCGUGGAAGUAUAUCUUCAAACGCCAGAACAGACGAGGCAUGUUGCUUUAUUUAAGGGCCUGUCCCGCUUGGCCGUCAGUUGUGUGUAAUUUAUGCGACACCAUUUACGCGUCACGACGCACGACGCGCGUGUCGUGACACGCACGUGAUGCGCGCACGGUGCGCAUUAAGCGGGCACGGUGCGCGAUGACAUAGGCGCGGCCGCGCAGGAUUUUGUCAUGUACAAUAUCUUCACACGACAUCUGCGUGACGCGCAAACGACUGCCAAGUGGGACAGGCCCUAUCGGCAAUAAAGACUAGUCCAUCUACAAAAUUCAACUCUAAGAUUGAGAGACACCUCAACAACAGCACAUCAAUUGAUAUCAACCAGAGAUGAAUUUAUAGAUAACAAUCUACAGGAUAAAAUCAAUGACGAUCCAGCAGCCUCAUAAAGUGAAAAUUUACUUUUUUUUUUAAAGUUCUAAAUUGAAGCACAAAGUUUUGCAAAAGUCUCACUUUUUUCAAACUAAAAUGUCUAAUUAUUUUCUGCGGAGCGUUUCCGAUACAUGGAAAAUGAAUUUUUAACCCUGUGUGUUAAUCAUUCCCGAUUGUAAAUAGUCACUUUUUUUUUAAUCUAUGUAACUUUGUUGGUAGAAUUGCACUAAAUGCAACGUUGUUUAUUAAAUCACUCACCAUUGAAGUUACCAGAUAAAUGAAUGGCUCGUUCAGAAUCUAACGUGUAAAUGUAGUGAUUUCUGCUCCGGGUGAAACAUGUCCUUUUGAAACGAGCAAACGCCUGAUAAAAACAGAGCCACAAUGUGAAAUCUUUCAAACCCACAGUGCCUUUGUGUGCUGGUUCCAUCAGAAGCGGGGAUUUUGUUGUUAAAUUUACACCAGAAAAAACAUGCUGUAAACAUUUUUCGUUUAAACAUUUCUUAUGGAUGGAAUGUGAUUUCGGGAAACCCUGUUGCACAAGAUGCAGUUUUGCAAACAUAUCGUCAUUAUUACAAGUGUUUUGUCUAAGCUUGCGUAUUAAUGAUAUUUUAAUUGUUUUGGGUAUUUCAAAUGAGAAUGGGAUAUCUAAUUUUGUAAAUUGUAACAUUCCCACAUUAAUGUUGAAACAGUCUGUCACCUUAGCACUGAUGAAUCAACCCCGACCGUAAAACAUCAGUCACAAGAGAAAAAACCUUUUAAAAAUACUAUUAAAAUUUUACUGUGAUGUGUUAAAAAAAAGUGACUGUCUCUCGCCUUUA